AUGCGGGGCUGCAGGGCCCGGGUGGUUUGGCUGCUUGUGCUGUCACUGGCAUGGCUGUGCCCAGCACUGGGGGAUGAGGAGAAAGAUGGGGAGGUGGUGGCCGAGGAGGAAGAAGUGCUCUCAGAUGAGCUGGAGGAGGAGGAGAACGUCCUGGUGCUCCAUGAGCACAACUUUGCUCGUGCCCUGAGUGAGCACCGGCUGCUGCUGGUGGAGUUCUAUGCACCAUGGUGUGGGCACUGCCAGCGGCUGGCCCCCAGCUUUGCCCAGGCAGCCACCACGCUGAGGAAUGAGUCCAGCCCGGUGCGGCUGGGCAAGGUGGAUGCCACGGCACAGACAGCCCUGGCCACCGAGUUUGGAGUCACCUCCUACCCUACGCUCAAGCUCUUCCGUGACGGCAACCGCACCCACCCCGUCGCCUACACCGGCCGCAUGGACGCCGAGGGCAUCGUGCGCUGGAUGCAGCGUCGGGCCGGCCCCAGCGCCACGCUGCUGCAGGACACCGACACUGCGGCCGCCUUCAUCAGCUCCCAGGACUUGGUGGUCGUUGGCUUCUUCAAGGACCUGGGGGGUGAGGCAGCCCAGGCGUUUCUCGAGGUGGCCAGCGAGGUGGUGGACAUGCCCUUCGGCGUGGCCGAGCAGGACCAGCUCUUCCAGGUGUAUGGGCUGUCGGCUGACACCGUCUGCCUCUUCAAGAAGUUCGACGAGGGACGGACAGACUUCCCUGUGGACCCGACACGGGGGUUGGACACGGCGGAGCUGACCCAGCUGCUCCGUAUCCACAGCAUGAAGCUGGUGAUGGAGUUCAGCAGCGAGACCUCCAGCCAGAUCUUCGGUGUCAAGAUCCCCCACCACAUGAUACUCUUCCUCAACAAGUCAUCAUCAGACCAGCUGGCAUUGCAGGAUAGCUUCCGCGCAGCCGCCGGCGCCUUCCGGGGCAAAGUGCUCUUCGUGGUGGUGGACGUGACUGGAUACGGUGCUGAAGUCCUCCCCUUCUUUGGCAUGACGCCGGCUGAUGCCCCCACCCUGCGCCUGGUCAAGAUGGAGAACAACCGCAAGUACCAGAUGGAGCAGGACUCCUUCUCGGACACUGCCAUACGCAGCUUCAUCCAGGCGGUGCUGGACGGCAGGGUGAAGCCCCACCUGCUGAGUGCAGAGCCCCCGGAGGACUGGGACAAGAGGCCUGUGAAAGUCCUGGUGGGGAAGACCUUCGAGCAGGUGGCUUUUGAUGAGACCAAGAAUGUCUUUGUCAAGUUCUAUGCGCCGUGGUGCUCCCACUGCCAGGCGAUGGCAGCUGCCUGGGAGGAGCUGGGUGAGCGCUACAAGGAUCACGAGGACAUAGUCAUUGCUGAGCUGGACUCCACAGCCAACGAGCUGGAGAACAUCACCAUCAGUGGCUUCCCCACUCUGCACUACUUCCCAGCAGGCCCAGGCAGGAAGAUGGUUGAGUACAAGAAUGCCAGAGAUGUGGAGACCUUCUCCAAGUUCCUGGAAAAUGGAGGGACACUGCCUGAGGAGCCACCAGUGCUGUCCAAAAGCCCCGAGAACAGCACAGGGGAGUCGGCCACACUGAGGAUGGAUGAAUCCCGGGAUGAGCUCUGA